AAGGCUCUUUCUUCUUCUCUCCCUAUAUAUAUAUACACACACUCAUACACAUAUUUAUAUUCAUACCCAUUUGAUCAUAUAUUAAAUACAUAUUGUUUUGGGAGAAGCUAGAAUAAUGGGUGCAUUUGAUUAUAUCUCUAGCUUUUGUUCAUAUACAUACUCUAAUGCCAAAACCAAGCGUAAGCCACUGCAGACAGUGGAAAUCAAGGUCAAAAUGGACUGUGACGGCUGUGAAAGAAGAGUUAGAAACGUGGUUCGUCGCAUGAAAGGCGUGAAAUCGGUUGAGGUUAACCGGAAACAGAGCCGGAUAACGGUGAACGGGCACGUGGACCCAAACAAGGUGUUGAAGAGAGUGAAGAGCACAGGAAAGAAGGCAGAGUUUUGGCCAUACAUACCUCAGCAUAUGGUCUAUUACCCUUUUGCCCCUGGCAUGUAUGACAAACGCGCUCCCACUGGCCACAUCCGCAACCCUACACAAGCGUUUCCAGCCGCAAACACACCCGGUGAAAACUACGUUUCCCUCUUCAGCGACGAUAACGUCCACGGCGCUUGUUCCAUCAUGUGAAAUUUUGAUGUUCCAUGAAGUCAAACAAUAACCAUAAGCUAAGUGGAAUCUUAAGAGGUGAAUACUGGAAGCAUAAUGGACCAUUUAAGCAGCAAAUGUUCUUGA